GCUGACUGUCUGCGCUGCGCAGCCACAACUUUGACAAGUGCGGCGGCUUCAUUUAAUCACCUCAAACAAAUGGAAUAAAGACGACGAUGGAGAUCAUCUGGGGGAAUAUCUUCUUCACUGUAAUAAUCAUUACUGACCGAAUCUGGCACUCACUGUCCUUCAACGUUGCCACUGCAGGUGCCAAGAUUUUCAGCGGACCAGCUGCGGCAGAGUUUGGCUACACGGUUCAACAAGCGACAAACCAUGAAGGCAAAUGGCUCCUGGUUGGUGCCCCAUGGAGUGGUUUCGAUCAAAACAGGAAGGGGGAUGUUUACAAGUGUCCAAUCUCAGGGUCCAGAAACAGCUGUGACAAGCUCAAUCUUCAAGAUUCUGCCAGUAUCCCAGAUGUUAAAAACUUAAACAACAACAUGUGUCUGGGUAUGACUCUCACCCGGAUGCCUGCAGUCAAUGGUUUGAUGACGUGCGGCCCUCUUUGGGGGCAACACUGUGGAAACCAGGACUUCUACCCAGGAAUAUGUGCAAAAAUGAGCCCCCUCUUUCAACCUCAGCCGGCUUUUUCUCCUGCUGUCCAGCCAUGUGGAGGACCUAUGGACAUUGUGAUUGUUCUGGACGGUUCUAACAGCAUUUUUCCCUGGAAGCCAAUGACCACAUUCCUGGAGAAGUUAAUGCCCGCUCUUGACAUUGGGCCACAAAACACACAGGUUAGCGUCGUUCAAUAUGCUUCUGAUCCCCGGUUUGAAUUCCAACUGAACCAGUAUAAGACCAAAGACGAGUUGGUCAGGGCAUCUUCUUCAAUCUCACAACAGUAUGGGGCUUCUACUAACACCUUCCGUGCGAUCAAAUAUGCCAGUACUUAUGCUUUCGAUGCAAAUCACGGCGGUCGACCAAACGCUGCCAAGGUGAUGGUGGUUGUCACUGAUGGGGAGUCUCAUGACCAAGCUCUAAGAGAUAACAUCAUUGCAGAAUGUGAGGCAAAAGGCAUCACCCGCUUCGGUAUCGCUGUCCUGGGUUAUUACAAUAAAGAGAAUCGAAAUACGGACAACCUGAUAAAAGAAAUCAAAUCCAUUGCCAGUUCCCCCACAGAGAAGUACUUCUUCAAUGUGUCAGAUGUGAAUGCCCUCUCCACCAUCGCUGGAGCAUUAGGGAGCCGCAUCUUCAACAUAGAAGGCACUGGAAAAGGUGGCGACAACUUCAAGAUGGAGAUGUCCCAGGUCGGAUUCAGCGCUCACUACUCCAGCAAACAGGAUGUGAUGAUGCUGGGAGCAGUGGGAGCCUACGCCUGGAGCGGGACUGUUGUCCAUCAACAUGGGUCAAAAGUAGACAUUCUCCCUUUCUCCGCCUUUGAGGGAGUACUUCAAGACAGAAGCAGCGCACACAGCUCCUUACUGGGUUACGCUGUCACCACACUGAGUGAGGGCUCUACAGAAUACUUUGUGGCUGGUGCACCUCGCUCCAACCACUCCGGACAAGUUAUCGUCUACACAAUGGACGCCCAGAAACAAUCUGCCAUCAUCAAAGACUCACAAAGAGGGAAACAGAUUGGCUCAUACUUUGGAAGUGUCCUGUGUCCUCUGGAUGUGGACAAAGACGGGGUGACGGACCUCCUGCUGGUUGGUGCUCCCAUGUUUAUGAGUGAUCUAAAGAGAGAGGAAGGCAGGGUCUACAUCUUCUCUGUCACCAAGGGUAUACUGAAUGAGCAGGGAUUCCUCAGUGGUCCCCCACCAACUGAGAACGCACGUUUUGGGAUGGCCAUCUCUGCCGUUCCUGACCUGGACCUCGACGGUUAUAAUGAUGUUGUCGUUGGGGCUCCACUAGAAGACAAAGGAAAAGGUGUCAUCUACAUCUACAAUGGGGAGAAGAAAAUGUUAAACAAACAGUUCUCACAGAGAAUCCCUGGCUCAAAACUGGACCCUCAAUUGCAGUAUUUUGGACGGUCCCUCGAUAGCUACAAAGACCUGAAUGACGAUACACUCCCUGACAUCUCCAUUGGUGCAUAUGGCAAAGUGGUGCAGCUCUGGUCGAGAGGUGUGGCGUCUGUCUCAGCUAAAGCGUCUUUCAAUCCUGAUAAAAUCAACAUUUUCAGCAAACCCUGUGACAUCAAGGGAAGCAAGCUUUCAUGUUUCAACACCAAUCUCUGUUUCACUGCUGAGUUCAGGCCGAAGAAUAGUGUCGGGCCCAUUGAUAUAUCCUACACUUUGACCCUGGACGCUGACUUGCAGGCAUCACGAGUGACAUCAAGAGGACUGUUCACUAAAAGCAACGAUCGCUUCCUCACAGACGUUGCAAAAGUAUCAGCUACGCCCCUGUGUCGAGAGUAUCAAGUUUAUGUACAGGAAGCUCCAGACUUUGUGAACUCCCUCAGUCUGAAAGUAGAAAUCAAGCAGCAGAAUGAGGACGUGAACCCUGUCCUUGAUCUGUCCUCUCCAAGUGCCUGGGAGUUCUUUGUUCCCUUCACAAAAGACUGCGGCUCUGAUGAAGUGUGUGUCAGUGAUCUGGUGCUGAGCGUGAAGACGGACACAAAGGCAACCAGCUCAGCUCCUGUUCUGGUCAGCGCUAAUAACCGAGAACUGUCGUUCGAAGUCACUGUGCGGAACAAAGAGGAGAACGCAUACAACACUCAGAUUUUGGCCACAUUCUCCAGCAACCUCUACUACUCCUCCGUCUUUCCUCCUACGGAUGGAGUCAAAUGCACGGCAACACAAACACAAACUGUCACCUGCCAAGUGGGAUACCCAGCAUUACUGAAAAACGAAGAGAUGAAAUUUCAGAUGAAUUUUGAUUACAAUUUUGACCAGUUGCAAAAACGAGCCGAGGUGAAGUUUGAGGCCAAGAGUGAUAGUAAAGAAAAAAGACCUGCAGACAACAAAGUGGACAUAUCUCUUCCUGUUCAAUACGAUGCUGGCGUUGUUUUAUCCAGGCAGUCAAAUAUCAACUUCUACGUGGCAGAUGCUGCUGUUCCCGUGGCAACAAUGGUGAAAAGUCUUGCUGACAUCGGCCCGGAGUUUAACUUCACAGUGAAGCUUUCAACGAGUCAGUUCCCUGUCAGCCUGCUGUAUCUGACCAUUGCUGUGCCAGUGAGCACUAAAGGUGGAAAUCCGCUCCUCUAUGUCACCAGUGUGGACACACAAACUGGAGGUGCUGUCAGCUGUGACUCCAGCAGCGUGGUUGAUCCUCUGAAGGUCGGGGUGAAGAGCCACAAACCGUCCUUUUCUGAGGAGAGUCUCAGAGGCAUCGAGACACUGGACUGCAAGAGUGCAAAAUGCGAGUAUAUAAAAUGCAUCCUCAAGGACGCUGAAAUAAAGAGUGAAUACUUUGUGAAAGUUAAAACGAGGAUCUGGAGUGGCACAUUUCGUGCGGCCACCUAUCAGACCAUCGAGCUGACCUCCAGUAUUGAUGUCAAGACCUCCGACCCCGACCUGCUCAUUAUCGGCCUCAAACAGCUGCCGCUGGAGCUGACGAUCAGUAAACCUGGAGAGACAGCUGAUGUUCCAGUGGGAGUGAUAGUUGGCAGCGCCAUUGGUGGACUGCUGCUGUUGGCUCUGGCUGUUGGUCUGCUGUGGAAGUUUGGGUUUUUCAAAAGAAAGUACCAGCAGCUUCAGAAGGAAGCUGAAGAUGAAGCCGCAGGCCAGGCACAUGACAACGAAGUCCUGUGAACUGAAGAGAAAACCUGCAGCCUUCUCUCCUCGCUGGAUUGUUUCAAGUGUGCAUACUGGUACUUGUCACUGGUUCUCGUAAAGUGCAAAUAGCCUAUAGCUCAAUCACUGGAAGUUGGGCAUUAGAAUGAAAUGGAAACUGUUCAGUUUCUGGAUAGCUGGGAUUGGAUCCUCUGUCCAUUUUACAGAGGAUUAUUGUUUUUAGUCUUUAUUUUUGAGCUUUGUGGACUGUACAUUGACUAGUUGCUGUUAUGCACUGAUGUUAAAUAAAUGUAAAAAACUUUUUCUAAACAUGGCAGAACCAUAAACAAUACUUUACCUGGCCAUAGAGGAUUUAAUGGACUUGGAAUUUUGCACUGUAAAGACAUCUAGUUUAUCCAUUGCUUUUUGUUUUGAAAACUUCUGGGCAAUAUGAUCGACAACUAAAAGUUCCAUUUCUUAUCUUGAAUUUAGCCAGCAGGCGACUUGAGUUGGUUGAGGGGGAAAUGCCAUCCCCCUUGUUAACAUGCCACCCCCCCCACCCCCUCCAUCACCUGGAAGCAGAGCGAGUGCAGGGCAGAGGGAAUACAGUUGAAUAUGAUAGUCUAGCCUGCCUGACUCAUUGUUCCUUCAUCCCUGAACCACGUCCAUCCUCCCUGUUAAAAAUUAAGACAUUGCCUACUGAAUAUCACUGAUUGUUUUUGGUUCUGUAGCCAGUCAGUCUGUAGCAUCAACUGCCUUGAUAUCCACCAGUACCGCUGACACUCAGGGCUUUUGUUGCAUUAAAACUGUUAAUGUCAGUAGUUUGUUAUCAAGCAGGAAAUUAUGACUGUGUUGGGAAAACAUCUGUCGUAACUCUGUUUCAUGUGUUUGUGCUGUAUAUAUUGUAAGAUAAAAAUUAUGAUCUUUCAUGUUUGAUUUAUAUAUGAAAAGAUUAGAGGCAAUAUGGGUCCAUGGAGUUGCUAUUUGUCUUGUUGUUAUUGUUAUUGAUGAUAUUUGUGAUACUGAUGAUAUUUUGUUUAGUUUUUUACUGCUAGUGGUAAAGCAUAUUGUUAAGGGCUACAACUGCCCUUUAUUGUCAUAACUGAAUAUUCUGCUGAUUGUUUUCUUGUUUAAUCGAUUGAUGGUUUUGUAUGGAAACUCCGAGAAGCAAGUGAGGAAAAAAACUGUUUUGCCAGGAUAAUUUUUCUAACUUCCUUUUUUUUUCACCUGCAAAGCAGGUGGGGAAAGAAAUGUUUGCCAGGUGAAAAAAACAUAAUUUCUUCUUACUGUUUUCCACUUUGUGAAAGCAGAAGAAAAACAAAAGUGUGGCUGUUGUUUGUUGCUGUAAUAUUCAUUUCAGCCACAAUAUGCUGAAGGGUACCACUACCCACCUCUAAACACAAGGUGUUGUGGCCAAAAUAGGUAUUACAACAACAAACACCUAAAAAACUUAGUUUACACAGUCAUAAAAACUGGACAAAACAGAUUAGAUGUAAGGAUUAUUCCUUCUCACUUGCCUCUCAGGGCUUACAUAGUCCUCUAGUUCUUUAAAAAUGAAUUAAUUAUUGCAAUAUGUGUGCAACAUAGUCCAAACCCCACAUUACUGUCAUGAAAACAAAGAGAAGCAGUUUAAACCAGCAA